AUGAUGAUAGCUCUGCACGAGCUGAUAGAAAUGAGUGCUUUUGAUGAAAGAGAAGAUUUCAUACUUAGGGGAUUCGUUGAGAGACACAUUGAAAUUUGUGAUUUCCCAGAGUGUAACUGUAUGGAGUACUAUAAAAUUAUAAAUAGUCACUAUAGAAUUUAGCUAGCGACUAUUGCCACUAUGAAAGAGGAUGAGAAUAACAAAGGAUCUAUAUCUACAGCACAUAACAGAGCUACUUAUGACGAUGAAACUACUCAGGAUGAUAGCUCAAUGUAAAAGACAUUCUUCGUUCAGAAUAAAAAUCUUAUUAAGUAGAAUAAAGCCAGAACUAAAUUCCUGAAUAAUUUUCUCAUUAACAACAUAAAGGUGUUUCUAGAAUUAUUUCCAAAUUCAGUUAAACUUAGAUACAUGUCAGCAUUUAUAUACUUCAAUCUGUUUAAAAACAGUUUCAAAGCUCUCUAUGAGCUAAGUUAUACUUAAACACUAAAGAGUAGUUUUGGAGAUACAUAUGAUAGUUAUACUCUUGGACUUAAGAUUAUUACUUAUUUCACCUAAAGAGUAAAUUCAUUCUUAUCAAAAGAAUCCAAAAUCCUGGAUUUAGAAAUAGAUCUAAAACAAAUUAUAGAGUUUGAAAAAUUGAAUAUCAAGUACUAAAAGAGCAUAGAGUAAACUAGUGAAAUAGCAGAGGCGUUUUGGCUUGAGCUAAAUAAGAAGAAUAUUCAUAUUGAUAAUAUCUUUAAGCUUGGUUCAGAUAUCAACAGCUAGUUUUAUAUGAUUAAGAAAAAGUAUAAAAAGUUAAUGUCCAUUAACUCAAACUACCUAGAGGUAGCAUAUUUAUACAAACUAUUUGUAUCGCUCUGCCUUAACUAUGAACUAGAGGAGACUGAAGCUAAAAUGGAAAUAACUAAGAUACUUUAAGCCAAGGGUAUGAAAAAGAAAAAUCUCAGAUAAGAGUAUGCUCGCAUAAACUUUAGUGAUGAGAAUGGAAUGAUCAUCAUAAGUGGAUGCUAAAGAGAUUUUAGUAAGAUUCUAGCUAUGAAUAAUAAGGCUGAGAGGAUAUUUGGUUAUAAUACGGAUGAGUUGAUAAAUCAUUCAUUGACAAAACUUCAACCUCUGGUCUAUGGAUAUUCACACGAAGAUUUCAUUUUGAACUAUGUUAAUAGCAAAAGGAAAAUAAACAAAGAUAGUCAUAAUUUUGUAUGGGGAAAGCAUAAAUCUGGCUUUAUUAUGCCUCUUGUCAUGGAUAUUAGUCCUUAUGUUACAUUUGAAUAUAAUUUGUGCUUCAUUGCAUUUUGCAAACGUUCAAUUCUACUUGAAAUGUAUCCUUUAAAAGAAAUAUUAGAUGCUUAGGAUGUAUUUGUAUUACUGGCUGACUAGAAAGGAGUGAUCACAGAUAUGACAAGGAAUAUUACUGAAUGGCUUGGUUUCCCUUAAUAAGCUUUGAAUAAGGAUAUUAGUUUAGAGUAGAUAUUUGAUGGUAUUCUUGAAGAUGAAUGUGAAAAAGAAUUUACUGAUGGGAAAAAAAUUGAUUUUUUUAUGAAUUCCUUCAAAGAUGCAUUAGAUGACUUUGAAAAUAGAAGUGAAGAUGAAUUUGAAUCCACUCUCUGCAUGAAGGAGAAAAAAUGCAAGGCUCUUGUUUGGAUGAAGAUGCAUGAGCAUUAAUUAGUACCUCAUAGUACUAUCUUGCCGAUUACUCCUGGAGUAGUUACUGGAUCAGGUAUAAUUGGAACUAUGGGAGGCUCUCCACAAGCAGCUACCUUACCGAGUAAUACUCUAGUAGUAAGAGAAAUAUGGUUUGUUCUAUUAGAGGAAGAUGCUAAUACUGCCACUGCAACUGCAUCAUUUCUUGAUACUAAACUUACUCAUGAAUCUGGACUUGAAAAAGAAGAGCUAAAGUUUACUUAUCAAGAGGAUCGUGAGGAAAUUUGUUCAUUAGCCUCUGUUUCAUCUUUAGCUGGAUAUGGCAGUUCAGACAAAGGGCUGAUCAAUAAACUAAGUGAAAUAAAAACUUCAACAGUUGAAGAGUCUAAGCCAAGAUCAAUAUCUCUGUUAUAAAAAACUCUAGUAAUUGUGGCUUUAAUGUCUUUAGUUAGUGCUGUAAUAAUGCUUGCUUUGGCAUUAAUCAAAGAUAAAAAUUUCUUCCAUUAAUUGAAAGAGAUCAAUAUGACUAAGAUAAGUUCAAUUAAUUAUGUCAAUAUCCAAAUCAUUGUAAGAGAGCUGGUUAACAUUGCAAAUGGUAGUUAAGAGGACAAAAUUUCUUUUAUAGAUGGGAAAUUAUCAACUUUUCUAUAAGCAAUGCUUUUAUAAGAAACCGAAAACUAUAGGUAACACCAAAUUGAGCUAGAUCAUUAUGACACUGAUUUCAUGAAAGCCUAAUAUGAAGAUUAUAAACUGGAUCCUGUUCUUCUACAUUAUAUCAGAUAAGACGGUUAUUACUAUUCAAUGAAUAAAUCAUACGCAUUGGCUUUUUAUGAAUUAAUAACUUAGUCGUAAGAUGUUGGAUCUUAUACAGAUAUAAAAAAUCUAAGUUUAAUUCGAGCUCUAUUAAAUGAUAAGUCUCCAAAUGAUGCAAAUAAAUUCUCGAAAACUUCUUCAUUAAAUGAGAUUUAAAGAGAGAUUUACUUUUUGCUCUAUAACUUAAAUUUGCCAUUGCUAAACUUUUAUUAGUUGAAGUUAUCUGAAAAUUACAUGCAAACAGCAGUGGAUAGUGUCUUUUAAAACUAGACCUUAUUUCUUUCAAUCACAGUUAUAACUAUAGCUAUGACUUUAAUGACGGCAAUCUUGAUUAUUCCAAUAAUUUUAAGGAUUGAAUCAAACAAGGAAAAAGUAUUCUUCAUAUAUGCUGAACUGUCAAAGAAUGAUGUUGAUGAUCGAAAGCGUAACAUUAGAAUAUUUUUUGCAAAAUUAAGGCAAUCUACGAAUAACCCUGGAGGUUCGCUCUUUUACUAGAAAUCUUCAAGAAUUGUUUCAUCCAGACUCUUGACUAAAAAAUUCUCAAUGAAAGACGAGAGUAAUUAAUUAGGCACACUUGGAUUGACAAGAUAAGCUCCUAUGAAAGAUGGGGUUAAUAAUUCUAAUAAUGAAAAAAAUCACGGAGACAUGGAAGAAGAUUUGAGAGCUGAGAUGAUGAAACAGUAAGAGGAGUUGGAGGCUGCUGUGUUUAAAAAGAUCUUUCACAAGAAAAUAAAGCAGAUGAGUCUCAUCAAGAAGAUCAAGUAUAUACUCAUGAUUCUUCUACUUGCUGGAGUUGUUUAGGGGUACUUCUUGCUUAAUUACUUUUUAAUCUAAAAUGUUGACAACACGAUUGAUGAAAGUAUUGGCUUUUAUAAGAUUGUUUCAGCUAGAGACCCAUUGUUUAGCGAGUUAAUUGCUUAUUAUAGAGAAAGUUUGGCAAGAAAUACAAGUAUGUAUAUGUUUCCGGGAGAUUUAGAAUAAAAUGAUAAUAGAACUUAGGUCAACUUUGUUGAUUAUUUCCAGGCACAAGUCCAAAUUAAUGAGAUGAAAUUUAAUAAUUUGAGAAGAAGGAUUCCAAAUGUAUUGACUGAAACUUAUAAUUUUCUUAGCUAGAUUGAAGGUGAAGGACUUUGCAAUAUUGAGGUAAAAGACUUUAGUAAUUAUAUUUGCAAAAAUGCACUAGAUGGUAUACUAAAAACAGGAGUCACUUCAACUAUAACUUCAAUGGUCAAAGAAAUAAUUUAGUCUCAGAUCAACUUUAGAAAUGACCGAUUAAGUGAAAAAGGAUUGAGAGAUCUCAUUAACAAUGAAAAGAUUAGAUCGAUAAUAUAUCUAAAGCUAAUUUACCUUGAUAACGCAUUAGAAAUGCUCAUUGAAAAUACCACGAGCUCGAUAUAAACUUACUUUAGAGAGAUCGAGCGAAAUCUCAUCAUAAUCUUUGUUUGCUUUGUGAUUCUUAUGAUUGUUGGAGUAGGCAUAUCCACCACUUGGGGAAUGAACUUCCUCUAUAGGCACUUUAAUGCGACUAAAAGCAUUUUAAACUUGAUUCCAGGUAAAUGCCUUAUUGAGUUGAGUGAGAAAACUGAUCUUAAAAAGAUUUAGUUUUGA